AUGCAUGAAGAGUACAGAAAGAGAGCAAGAAGCGUCCUAUGCACCUCGCCUGAGUCUGAGAGUCUCCUGGACACAGCAGAUCGUGCUGAAUACAGGAUGCCUGGUGCCGUAGUCGAUCAGCCAGCCGUAAAGCUGUUCCAUAGCGUAAUAGGCAGAAAUGGGAUAAUUUACUACUUCAAAAUUGAGAGUGUCGUAGAAGAUGGUGGAAAAGAGGUCUCCUGGUUCGUAUCCAGGGAGUUCAACUCAAACAGCACCCUGGUGCAGAUUGAGAAGGACCUGAUUGACCUCAAACAGAGCCCAAGACUCCUGAACAACUUCAUCAACACAUUUGUGGUGAAAAUGGAUGAUAUUCCUGUAAGAAGCGAGUACCUAAUUCACAAUAACGAAAUCAAGAGAAUGAGGGUAUUUGGUAGAAAGCUCCUAGAAAUUGAGGAUGGGAAGAUAGUGCGAAUCCUGAACGUAAACGGGGUAUCCAGGUACGCCGGAGACAGAAUGCUGAUCAACAACGAACACGAACUGGUGUGCAGCUGCAGAAAGGAGAGAGACGCCUGGAUCACUGAAAUCAGCAGGUAG